UACUAUAAAAGGCGGCGGCGGGCGGCGGCGGCGGCAGCGGCGGCGGCAGCGGCGGCGGCGGGAGAUGGCCGGCCCGCAACAGGCCCCGCACCUCCACCUGGCCGAGCUCACCGCCUCCCAGUUCCUCGACGUCUGGCGACAUUUCGACGCGGACGGAAAUGGCUACAUCGAAGGCAAAGAGCUGGAAAACUUCUUCCAGGAGCUGGAAAGCGCGAGGAAGGGAGCGGGUGUGGACUCCAAGAAUGACAAUUUGGGUGACAAGAUGAAGGAGUUCAUGCACAAGUAUGACAAAAAUGCAGAUGGCAAAAUUGAGAUGGCGGAGCUAGCCCAGAUCCUGCCCACGGAGGAGAAUUUCCUGCUGUGUUUCCGCCAACACGUGCGCUCCAGCUCGGAGUUCAUGGAGGCUUGGCGGAGGUACGACACGGACCGCAGCGGCUACAUCGAAGCCAACGAGCUCAAGGGCUUCUUGUCCGACCUGCUGAAGAAGGCGAACCGGCCCUAUGAUGAGCCCAAGCUGCAGGAGUACACGCAGACCAUUCUGCGGAUGUUUGACAUGAACGGCGAUGGGAAGCUGGGCCUCUCGGAGAUGUCCCGACUUUUGCCUGUGCAAGAAAACUUCCUUCUGAAGUUUCAGGGGAUGAAGCUGUCCUCGGAGGAGUUCAAUGCCAUCUUCACCUUUUAUGACAAGGAUGGGAGUGGCUUCAUUGAUGAGAACGAGCUGGACGCGCUUUUGAAAGACCUGUACGAGAAGAAUAAGAAAGAGAUGAACAUCCAGCAGCUCACCAACUACAGGAAGAGCAUCAUGAACCUCUCUGAUGGGGGCAAACUCUACCGCAAGGAACUGGAGAUAGUGCUUUGCAACGAGCCCCCCAUGUAGGACCCCCCCGAACCCCGUGCUCCUCCUCCUCCCACCCAAAAAUGAGCACAAGGGGGGAGCACCAACCACACUGGUGAGGAGGUGGUGGGCACAGAGCCUCCAGCUCCCUGCCCACCCCCCACCUUGCUCCCCAUCAGCUCUUGGGUUUUCUGUAGGUUGUUAAAAUCCCACGUUGCGGGGGGGGGAACUCUUUUUUUUUUAAAAAACCCUAUUUGUCUGGUUAGUUUAUUUUUUUUGGCGGGGGGGGAUGUGUGUGUCAUUUUUGUUCCUUUUUAUCAUUUACCAAAGAACAGUUUACAAAUAAAUUCAAGUACUGCUA